UUCCUGCGGGGCGUCUGCCUGGUAGUUUACGUUGGGCUCGCCUCUCUCUCUCUCCUCAGGCUAAGGCAACACUUUCUCUUCAUGUCUGCGCUGAGAAGAGUUUUCUGAAUGAGUCGCUAAACUUUUUCUCGUUACUCCUGGAUUGUUUUAUGACUUGAACAAACAUGGACGUUCGUUGGGGUAGGGUGGUGGCCAGUGACGGGGUUCGGGCGAUGAUGGAGUCCGCCCUGACAGCCAGAGACCGGGUGGGGGUGUCCGACUUUGUUCUCCUGGAGAACUUCACGAGCGAAGCCUCGUUCAUCGAGAACCUCCGAAAGCGCUUCAAAGAAAACCUCAUCUACACGUACAUCGGGUCGGUGCUGGUGUCCGUUAAUCCUUACAAAGACCUGGAGAUCUACACCAAGAACCACAUGGAGCGAUACCGCGGAGUCAACUUCUACGAGGUGUCUCCACACAUGUGAGUACACACCUCUGCACACACACUUUAGAGUUGGGAUGACGUAUUUCUGGAGUGGACCCUGAAAGCAGUAU